AUGUUCGAUGAUCGAUUGUCGAUAACCAGUCAUGACGGCUCAGAUCAAGUUGUACGUCGCCAGGAACUUAGUGAUGAUAGCUACAGCAGCUUUCAGCCACCUCCAGACUCAGAUUCUGAGAUGUCACGGUGGUGUGAAGAAAUGAUGAACCUGCCGGUGAUGGAAGGCUGGUCUGAGUCGUUGGACAUGCCAGCCCCGCUGGGCAUCAUACCCCCGCUCCAUGAAAACGAGUCAGACCCCCACAUCAGGCUCAUCACACCCCCGCUGGAGACUCCGCUAUCCAUCGAAGAAUUUAUGGCCAUGAUCAUGAGCUUUGACGCAACCGCCAGUGCCACUGAGGCUGAAGUCGCGGCCGCAGCCCCGCAUCUACACUCCCGCUUGUCGAAUGUACGCUUAUUGCGUCAGGUUGACCCGCCGCCGCCAUCCAGAACUCGAUACACCCCUUACGAAAUUCUCGACAGGCCUGACAUUCAUCGUGGCAAGCAUUGCCUCACUGACGAUGUCGAACAUCACGCUGGACCGUCACAGCACAGCUCGAUGCCAGGUGUACCACCUCCUGCAGUACCAUUACUAGCCAUUCCAGUACCGCCUCCUGCAGUACCAUUAGCCAUUCCAGUACCACCUCCUGCAGCACCAUUGUCUACGACGUCUGAGUCAUUGCCCUCACUUGCUGUGCCGAUUGGACUUGAGAACCUCGUACCCCAGGUGAAAUUGAGGGCCAAACAGCGCAUGAAACAGUCGAUGUUCGACGACUCGUUUCUACUUUCAUCCCAGAAAAGAUCGGAAAAGGCGCUUGCCAGUCUCGUUGCCGUCAUAUCCACAUUCAAUAAUCGCAAAAUAGCUGAACUCGUUCUGUGGUCCCUCGGGAGUGAGGCCAAAAAGGACGCAGACAAAAUUGGUGAGACCGCCAAGUACCUGAGGAAACAGGAAGAGAUGGAGGUUACCAUCAGAAACCUUCUGCAAGGUGACGCAUUCCUAAACGGAGAUAUCGAGGUGGGGGGACAGACUAUACUCGGUGUGCCGUUCGGGAACAGAGUAGUGCGGCAUUUCAUGCAGCACAUACUGUUCUACCAACUUAACCUCCAGCAAUACGUCGGCCCUAGCCGAAAUCUCGGGGCAUUAUUUGCUUUCAUCGGGACAUUAUUUGAGUGGGCGUUGAGAGAACUGUCGACUGGCGUUUUCAUCCCAAGUGACUUUGACUUGUCCACGGCCAGGGUAGCUUUCAACAACAAGUUAAGUAGUCUUUACAGGUCGAUGAGCAGCGAUGUACGUAGUGCCCUAGUUGCAGACAUCUACGCUCAAAGGGGAUGA